CGUUUCCCCGGACUUUUUCUAGCGCCCAUUUGAGACCCCUGCGCUGAGGAUGGAGCAGCUGGACGAACUGGAGCUGCUGAUGGACAAGAGUUUCGGGGAGGAGGCUGCGCGGCGGCAGGAGAUAUUUCAGAAGAAAGUGGAUGUUUCCUUUCCUAAAACUGUUCUGAGCCAAGGAAUGGAUAACCGGUACCUGGUUUUAGCUGUCAAUAUUGUACAGAACGAAGAGGGAACCCAUGAAAAACAUCUGAUCAUCACUGCCUCCCAGUUGCUGGAACAUAAAGAACUAUGCAUCCUUAGGAAUGACUGGUGCUCUAUUUCAGUUGAGCCAGGGGACAUAAUUCAUUUGGAAGGAGACUGCACAUCUGGUACUUGGAUAAUUGAUAAAGAUUUGGGAUAUAUGAUUCUAUAUCCAGAUAUGCUGAUUUCUGGUACAAGUGUGGCCAGUAGUAUUCGAUGUAUGAGAAGAGCUGUUCUGAGUGAAACUUUUAGGAGGUCUGACUCUGCCACACGCCAAAUGCUCAUUGGUACAAUUCUCCACGAAGUAUUUCAAAAAGCAGUAGGUGAUAGCUUUGCCCCAGAAAAGCUACAAGAACUUGCUUGUCAAACUGUUCAAGAAAUUAGACACCUGAAAGAAAUAUACCGCUUAAAUCUGAAUCAAGAUGAAAUAAAACAAGAUGUAGAAGAGUAUCUUCCUUCAUUUUCAAAAUGGGCUGGAGAUUUCAUGAAUAAGGAUACCUCAGCUGACUUCCCUUUGAUGCAGCUCUCUCUGCCAAGUGAUGAUAUUAAGAAUAAUUCAGCAUACAAUAUUGAAGUCAUAAAAUUACUGGAUAUCGAAGAAAGCAUUUGGUCCCCUAGGUUUGGAUUAAAGGGCAAAAUAGAUGUUACGGUUGGUGUGAAAAUACAUCGAGGGGGUAAAACAAAGUUUAAGAUAAUGCCACUGGAACUUAAAACUGGCAAAGAAUCAAAUUCUAUUGAACACCGUAGUCAGGUUGUUCUGUACACACUGCUCAGCCAAGAAAGAAGAGCUGAUCCUGAGGCAGGCUUGCUUCUCUACCUGAAGACUGGCCAGAUGUACCCUGUGCCUGCUAAACAUCUGGAUAAAAGAGAAUUAAUAAAGCUGAGAAACCAGAUGGCAUUCUUUUUGUUUCACCGUAUCAGCAAAUCUGCUACCGGAAAGAGGACACAGCUUGCUCCUUUGCCACAAAUAAUCGAGGACUAUCAGACCUGUAAAUAUUGUUCACAAUUGGACAACUGUACUCUUUAUAGCAGAGCAUUUGAACAACAGAUGGAUGACAGUUCGAUCCCAAUUGGCAUGUUGCCCAAAAUAACAGAAGAAACCCAGCAUCUGAAGCUUACACAUUUAGAGUAUUUCAGCCUUUGGUGUCUAAUGUUAACCCUGGAAACACAAUCAAAGGACAGCCAAAAAAAUCACCAAAAUAUAUGGCUAAUGCCUGCUUCAGAAAUGGAGGAGAGUGGCAACUGCUUUGGAAACCUGAUUAGAACAGAACCGGUAAAGAAAGUUUGUGAUGGACAAUAUUUACAUAAUUUCCAACGUAAAAAUGGUGCCAUGCCCAUCACAAAUCUAAUGGCAGGUGACAGAAUUAUUGUAAGUGGAGAAGAGAGAACACUCUUUGCUGUGUCUAGGGGAUAUGUGAAGAAGAUUAACAUGACAACAGUAACCUGUUUAUUAGACAGGAACUUGUCCGUACUCCCAGAAUCUACUUUGUUCAGAUUAGACCAGGAAGAAAAGAAUGUUGAUGUAGCUACCCCACUAGGGAAUCUUUCUAAAUUGAUGGAAAAUACUUAUGUCAGCAAAAAACUUCGGGAUUUAAUCAUUGACUUUCAUGAACCUCAGUUUAUACCAUACCUCAGUUCUAUUCUUCCACAUGAUGCAAAGGAUACAGUUGCCUGCAUUCUCAAAGGUUUGAAUAAACCUCAGAGGCAAGCAAUGAAAAAGGUACUUCUUUCGAAAGACUACACUCUCAUCGUGGGCAUGCCUGGGACAGGAAAAACAACUACAAUAUGUACUCUUGUAAGAAUUCUCUAUGCCUGUGGUUUUAGUGUUUUGUUGACCAGCUAUACACAUUCUGCUGUUGACAAUAUUCUUUUGAAAUUAGCAAAGUUUAAAGUAGGAUUUUUGCGUUUGGGUCAGACUCAGAAGGUUCAUCCGGAUAUCCAGAAAUUUACAGAGGAGGAAAUUUGCAGAUCAAAGUCUAUUAAAUCUUUAGCUCUUUUAGAAGCACUCUACAAUAGUCAACUUAUAGUUGCAACAACAUGUAUGGGAAUAAACCAUCCAAUUUUUUCCCGUAAAAUUUUUGAUUUUUGUAUUGUGGAUGAAGCCUCUCAAAUUAGCCAACCAAUUUGCCUGGGGCCCCUCUUUUUUUCACGGAGAUUUGUGUUGGUGGGGGAUCAUCAACAGCUUCCUCCCCUGGUGCUGAACCGUGAAGCAAGAGCUCUUGGCAUGAGUGAAAGCUUAUUUAAGAGGCUGGAACAGAAUAAGAAUGCUGUUGUACAAUUAACUGUACAGUACAGAAUGAACAGUAAAAUUAUGUCCUUAAGUAAUAAGCUGAUAUAUGAGGGAAAGCUGGAGUGUGGAUCAGAUAAAGUGGCCAAUGCAGUGAUAAAUCUACCUAACUUUAAAAAUGUGAAGUUGGAGCUGGAAUUUUUUGCCGAUUAUUCUGAAAAUCCUUGGCUGAAUGGAGUAUUUGAACCAAACAAUCCUGUUUGUUUUCUUAAUACGAACAAGGUUCCAGCACCAGAACAAGUUGAAAAAGGUGGUGUGAGCAAUAUAAUAGAAGCCAAACUCACAGUUUUCCUGACCUCACUUUUUAUUAAGGCUGGAUGCAGUCCAUCUGAUAUUGGUAUCAUUGCACCAUACAGACAGCAGUUAAAGAUAAUCAACGAUUUCUUGACAUAUUCUUCCAUUGAGAGAGUCGAAGUUAAUACAGUAGAUAAAUAUCAAGGAAGAGACAAAAGUAUCAUCCUAGUAUCUUUUGUUAGAAGUAAUAAGGAUGGAAAUGUUGGUGAACUCUUGAAAGAUUGGCGACGUCUUAAUGUUGCUAUAACCAGAGCCAAACAUAAACUAAUUCUCCUUGGAUGUGUGCCCACAUUAAACUACUAUCCUCCAUUAGAGAGGCUACUUUGUCAUCUCAACUCAGAAAAACUAAUCAUUGAUCUGCCAUCAGAAGAACAUGAAAGUCUUUGCUAUGCAUUAGGUGAUUUUCAAAGAGGAUAAAACACUAUUUCCUUUGCCUUUUUCAUACCAGGGCAGUGGUUUCCCCUAGCU